AUGAUGGAUCCAUUAUCGGCAAUAAGCUUAGCUUCCGCUGUCAUAUCUUUCAUCGAUUUUGGUAGCGAGCUUCUCAGCGACGCUCACGAGAUCUACCAUUCGGCGAAUGGGCUCAGCAAAGGCUUUGAGGGCAUCCAGGACGCCUGCAAGAGAUCGGAAGAAGUCACCCUAGCCAUCCAGUCUAAAACCAAGAUCACAGGCGAUGAAAGCCUGCGAAGGCUUGCCGACUCUUGCCUUGACACGUCGAAGGAAAUGGCACGAAUCUUGAAUGGAAUGGAAUCGGCAGAAAAUGGGAAACGUACUGGUAAACUGAGAAGUGUUCGCAAGGCUCUUGUUCAAUACCGCGGCAAGGGAAAAGUCGAAGAACUCAACCAGAAGCUGCAACGCCAUAGCCGAGAUCUUUCGUAUUAUCUCAUAUACAUGACAAGCAACCAACAGAGCGAUGUCCUGAAGGAACUCCGUGUUUUGCAGAGGACUUGCGAGUCUUGGCACCUCAAUCAGAAGGAGAGGCUUGAGAUCGUCUUUUCUUUCGUCGACACAAUCAAGCAGACAGCCUCGACCUCUUUGUGGGACCCAGAGAAUAUCGCACGAAUUGGUGCCAUACUACCUAAGAUACGUGAAGACGGCCAUAAGAUCCGGAGGGAACAAGAAGUCAUCAAAUCCCUCAAUUACCAAGCCAGAAAGUUCCGGUACGAAGCCAUUCAAGAUGCACAUAUACGGACCUUCGAAUGGGUAUUUUCGUCGGGGCAUGCACACGGCAAAAUUUUGACCUGGCUCGAAAACGACGUUGGAAUCUUUUGGGUGUCUGGAAAACCAGGAUCGGGCAAGUCAACGCUCAUGAAAUUCAUCGUUGAAGACCCUAGAACCAGAGAAGCGCUAGCGAGUUGGGCUGGAAGAAAGUCAUGCGUGACUGCGUCACACUUCUUCUGGAUCUCUGGUGCCACGGUCCAGACGUCUCAAGAGGGACUAUUCCGCUCACUGUUGUAUGAAAUACUCAGAGAGCGGCCGCAGUUGGUGGAGAGUCUGUACCCCAGUCUCUGGGAGCAGGCUGGAGGGACUAACCCAUCCGAACAGGAAUACGACCAAAUAUGGUCUCGACGCUCCUUAAGAAAUAUUAUCUCUCGGCUAAAAGACUAUCGUGACGAUGACACAAAGUUCUGCUUUUUCAUCGACGGUUUAGACGAGUACAAAGGCGACCAUCUCGAUAUGGUCAAGACACUUGAAGAACUCGUUCUAUCAGAGAGCAUCAAAGUUUGCGUAUCUAGCCGGCCAUGGAACGUGUUCGCCGAUGCAUUCGGGAAUGUUCCCACCCGCAAGAUUUCGGUACAGGAUCUGGCCCACAACGACCUCGUUGCCUAUGCACAAGAUAAGUUAGGGCAGCAUCAUCUCUGGGAAGAACUCACACAUGAGGUACAGAAACAGAUCGUGGGAACAAUUCUUCAAAAGGCUCAAGGUGUUUUUCUUUGGGUCUAUCUCGUUGUGAAACAACUUCGUGAAGGACUCAGUAACGGAGACACAGUUGAGGUCUUGCAACAACGGGUCCGAGACUUUCCUCCCGACCUCGAAGAGUUCUUCUCCCGCAUGAUGGCAUCUAUCGACCGUCUCUACCUUCCUCAUACUGCGAGGGCUUUCCAAGUCGCUUUGCACGCCCUCAACCCGUUGCCGACCCUACUGUACUCAUUCUUGGAUGACGAGAAAGAGGACGAGCAAUAUGCUUUGCGCCUGCCUAGACAACGCUUUGAUGAUGAGGCACUUGAGAGAAGAAUUGGGAAAAUACCCCGGCUACUAGAAGCACGAUGUAAAGGUCUAUUGGAGAUUGUUAUUAGUGAAGAUCCGCUAUACGGAGAACAAUGUCUUCAGCCACGGGUAGAAUUUAUCCACCGCACUGCGAGGGAUUUCCUUCGAACUCGACAGAUGGCCAUUCUUCUGGAAGAGAGCGCGGCAGGCUUCGAGCCUUACUCGUCGAUCCUGCGAGCUUACGUUGCCGGGAUCAAAGCAGUGAAGGCGCAGCGACAACCUAAGACUUGGGGAAAUUGGGGAGAGAGAAAAGACGUUCCGAACAUUGUUCUGGAUGCCCUUGCCUAUGCAUACAGGGCAGAAAAGCAAGCGAAUGUUGUCGAAAAUGCCGUCUUGGGCGAACUCGCUGCUACUCUUCAGGAAAUUAAGAGGUUACAAGGUGGCGUCAUGGCUUGGCUCGAUGAGCUGGUGAUUGGAGUACCAGGCGUACCUUACCGGAUGGUCCUUGACCCAGGGCCCAAUCCAGAUCCCUUUCAUGUGCUGGUUCUUAGAUUCGGGCUCAUGAAGUACUUUGCCGACCUGAAGGACCUUCAGUACACCGCGUGCGGCGCUUCCCUUCUCCUCAUCUGCAUCAUCCAUCUUCAUUUUCAGCAUCGGAAGUACGGAAGCGAUAUAUAUGGCUCCACCAUGGCUGUGUUGGACAAAGCUACUGAGACAAUCCAUACAUUGCCCGAUAUUCACCGUGACAACGACUACCCAAAAUCGCUUGGCAUGCUCGACAUGUUGCACACGACACGACAGCCGACAGAUCAGGACGCCAGGUUUCAAGUUAUAAAAGCUCUCAUUGAAUUUGGUGGUGAUGUAUAUUCCUCCUCAGCUCCGCAAGUCUGGGAUUUUCUGCUCGAUUCGUUACUGUAUCCCCACCAAGAGCUCCUUACUGACACGCAGAUCACGGAUUUGUUGGUCUUGGCUAUCGAGACUGGUGCUCAAUUGGAUCCGAAUAGAAUCAUAGACAUGAGGGGAGCCGUCACACCUUUUCUGUACUCGAGAAUUACCAGAGCUUGGGAACACCGCUUCAAUUUAACUGGCACUUCCGUGCUCUCACAGGACCUCAGACGAAACCCAGACAACUUGAGGGGGUCGGACGUGACCCGCGAUUCAUUGGAAUUGCGAGAGGUGCGUGGCGCCUUGGCCAGUCGAUUGUAA